CAUUACACGCCGUACGCGUGGUUUUGUUUGCGCUUUAUGCAUAUAAAACCUAAAAAUUUAUUUCAUUCUGCAUCGGAUCUUUUAGCUCGUUCAGAUCGUAAAUUAUUGGAAAGCCAUGGUCGAUUCGAGUGCUGAUCAAAGUUUGAAAACUAUCCGUGAGGGAAGUGCUGAAAUUUUGGUAUCGGAACAUGUGUUCUAUAACCCGGUGCAGGAGUUCAACCGUGAUUUGAGCAUUUGUGUACUAUCGACGUUCUCACGAUUAUACCAACAAGAGAAAGCCACGGCACGUCGGAGAAAAUUCAAGGAAGGUGAUCCGCCAGCUGAAGAAGAAAUUAAGCUGGAAUCGGGACUAAAAUGUGAUCAAGGACUGCGAAUUUUGGAAGCCUUAUCAGCCACCGGACUGCGAAGUAUUCGUUAUGCUAAUGAAGUGCCUGGAGUUAAGGAGAUUGUAGCUAACGACUUGUCCAAAUCCGCUGUGGAGUCAAUACAACAAAAUGUUAGGCACAAUAAAUUGGAACACCUAAUCACGCCUAGCUUCAAUGAUGCAAUGACUUUAAUGUACAUUUCGACUCAUCCGGAAAAACGAUUCACGGCGAUAGACUUGGAUCCGUACGGUCAUCCCACACGCUUUCUCGACGGAGCAGUUCAAUCCAUUGAAGAUGGUGGUCUUUUGUUGAUAACCGCAACGGAUAUGGCUGUUCUUGCUGGCAACACACCAGAAGCAUGUUAUGUUAAGUAUGGUUCUGUUCCGUUGAAAACGAAAGCUUGCCAUGAAAUGGCGCUUCGCAUAUUGUUGAGAUGUAUAGAAACUACGGCUACUCGCUAUGGACGGUACAUGGUGCCACUGUUGAGCAUUUCGGCAGAUUUUUACAUACGAGUAUUUGUCCGGAUCUUUACCAGUCAAUACGCGUGCAAGAAAAGCAGUAGCAAGCAAUCGAUGGUGUUCCAGUGCACUGGUUGCGAAUCUUUUACACUGCAACCGUUGGGUAUCUUAAAAUCUAAUCCCACAGAGCAGAAUCCUAACCAAAUUAAGUUCGGAAUACCUACUGGUCCAUUUGUGAGCAGCAGGUGCGCUAAUUGCAACCACCAGCAUCACAUGGGAGGUCCGAUCUGGUCUGGCGCGUUAUAUGAUGUAGAAUUUCUGAAGGAACUCUUGAAGACCGUUGAGCUGGAGCAGUUCAAAAAACUAACCACUAUUCGAAGGAUCUACGGCACAUUGUCCGUAAUACAGGAGGAACUUCAUGAUGUUCCAUUGUACUACACACUAGAUCGCCUCUGUGGUACUCUCAAAUUAGAAGUAGUUUCCAUGAUGAAAUUUCGGUCUGCUUUGCUACACGCUGGUUAUCGUGUGUCCUACUCGCAUGCCUGUAAAACAUCAAUCAAAACCGACGCCCCCGUGUCGGUAAUUUGGGAUAUACUUCGUUGUUGGGCUAAAACGCAUCCAGUUAAGAAAGAACGUUUUGUAGAGGGCGUUCCACUUACUGCGAUUCUAGCUAAGGAACCUGCAAUAGAGUAUAACCUGAAGGACAUCCACCCCAAUGCUAAUCCACCAAGUAGGAAAGAGUCUCUCAGUAGAUUCCCAGAGAAUCCAGCUGCCCAUUGGGGCCCCGGAACACGAGCCACAUUGAUGGUAAGUGAAAACAAAAUGUUCAAAAGUGUUAAAAACCAGAACAAACGACGAAAAUGUCAGACUAAUGACAAUCCGCAGUCACAGAUAAAAUGCCUGGAUUUGGAAUCACCCGAAAGGAAGCAACCUAAGACAGAAGGACUAGAAUCGACCAUGGUCGAAUAG